AUAUUACCGCACACCCCUGCUUGAUGUCACGACAUAUUCAGAAGUUGAACUUGUUCAGGGAAUUGCGGGGACGACGACGACGACAGCAGCAGUGGUGCCGCUUUAAAUACUCCAAGGACGAAACGAGGUCAGCGUGCUGCAGAAGCUAUUACUGCCAGACGAACGGUUGCUACUUUUAUGCUAAAGUCAAGUCUCACAUCCCUCUGUGGCACAUAUCUCGCCUUGAAGCGAAGCUCUAAAAGAUUGAUGUAUCAUCACAACCUUUGAACGGCAUAUCCUGGGGAGCAGGAAAUCCAGCCUCGUUUUGGAAAUAAGCAUGUAUCUAGGUCAGCACUGCGUUUUUAAAAUGAACUAAUUUAUAAAUAUUUUUAAAUAGACGUUAGGUAAGGUGUACUCGGCUCACAAACCCUUUACACGAGUGUUCUAGCGAACCUGGUCAGGAAAUUCUAUUGCAGGAAAGGGGAGGGCGCAAAACACACGAGCGGCAUAAAUAAUUGAUCGGUCUUUUUUUCCUGUUAGAACGUGGGACGUUUCGAAAGGUAGAACUCCAUGUGAUCUGAGUUCCUUCACCAGCGGCUGCAGUUCCCUUCACAAACACUCGUGCUGCCGCCGUGCAGGAAGCAACAAGGACGUCCUUUAGCCUGGAAAAACACAGGGAUGCGCUGCGCGAGCUGCUAAAGAUUCCCCUCUACUAUAUUUGUGAACUUCAAUCUGGAGGCUUAAAUCGUCUGUCUGAAAGAUAUAACUCGCCCGGACAGAUUUGGCAACAAAGGAGUACUUCGUCUGGUCAAUCUGAAUGUGAGAUCGUGAAUUAACAGGAGACAGGGACGAAAAGCCAUCACCAUGGAUUUUGUUAUGAAACAAGCGCUGGGAGGGGCAACCAAGGACAUGGGGAAGAUGCUGGGAGGAGAAGAAGAGAAGGAUCCUGAUGCAGAGAAGAAGGAGGAAGAAAGACAAGAGGCCCUGCGGCAACAGGAGGAGGAGAGGAAGGCCAAAUAUGCAAAGAUGGAGGCAGAGAGAGAGUCCAUGAGACAGGGAAUCAGGGAUAAGUACGGCCUUAAGAAGAAGGAGGAGCGCGAGGCGGAGGCGCAGGCCGCCAUGGAGCAGGCCGCCGAGGGGAGCCUCACACGCCCAAAAAAGGCCGUCCCGGCCGGCUGCGGGGACGAGGAAGAAGAGGACGAGGGCAUCAUGGACACGGUCAUGAAGUACCUCCCAGGCCCUCUCCAAGACAUGUUCAAUAAAAAGUAACAGCGCUGGUCAUGUUAGCUUAUUACCACUUUAUAUCAGCCCUCCCCAGCCCCCCACUGCCCAACCACUCCCCUCCCCAGGGACUUAGAAACAUAGUUUCCCAAAUUGAUAAUGUUUUAUUUGUAAAUAGCCUCUGAAUUAAAAAGGAUAAUAUUCAAAAAAAUGUAAACUGUAUAAAUUAGUAAAACUAUAUUGAAAUUACUAAGAGUAUAAGCCAUACUUUUACCUUUGAAGAAAAUAUUGGCGUCACUUUUUUUUUUGUUUCGUUCUUUAUGUUAGAUAUAUAAAUAAAUGUGUGUUCAUUAAACCUCCAAUUAUGUGAAGUUAUCGGUCCUUGGUCAGUGUUUCCAGACCUACCACGUGCUUUGAUGUGACUAACAAUGACCGCACUGUUGUAAACGUUGAGAAGUAGUUCUACUGGAAUCAAAGUGGUGUUUAAAACGCAUGCCAGUAACCAUAUCCUUUGUGAAUAUAUCUGUAUUUCCCAUUUUGUGAAUUAGAUCAAAGGCAAAAAAGGCAAUAACUGCUUUUCCUAUAUUAGUCAGAGUACUAAAUUACAUACUGUAUGUAUUUAAAUGUUUCUCACACCUACAGUCCCAUGAAUGAAGCGACACCAUAAAAGCUUCUGCCACACAUUUAGUUUUGAAAACAAGCUUAUUGUACAAAAUUAUUAUGUUACAGUGGGUGUACAAAUCAUUUAGGUUCAGUGUUUACCACAAAGCUUGAAAGCAGGAUUUCAUCGAUAACCUUUACAGCAGUGCUUUUCUGGCCUUGCUGUGAGAGUGGCAUCAUUAAAAAAUAUAGAAAAAACUACAAAUCACGUCACAUUAAUAUAAACACAAUUGGAUCUAGAGGGCUAUGUGUUUUCUCUUGUCAUGUUCUGAAAUGUAAAUAUCGAGCUGCUUCGUGUUACAUUAGAUUCAAUUCCCUAAUUUUUUUAAUUCAUUUUUUCACUUUUUAUGAACAGACAGUGACAAUGGUGCAAUAUUGUUGGUACUUAAGUUGUCUUGUAUCAGUUGGUUUAUUAAAAGGAAUUUGAUUGUAGAUCAGCAAUAAGAGACAAUCUUCAUUGUUUGUGUACUCCAGUUAUUUAGUAGACAGUGUUUCAGAUGUAGUGUGUUGUUUGCUGAAAGUGGCCAUGCAUUCAAAUAAAUGUGAAAUUCCUGAAUAGAGCCUUGUUGGAGAAGUCAUGCAGGUUGAGAGUGGGAGGUAGAUUCUGAGGGUUUCCGUCAUAAUCAGCCAAACUGCUGAAAAUAAAAGAUAGUUAAGGGUUUUUUAUAAUGAGUGAGUGCAAUGCAAGCUAGCUCAGUUAGCAUUAUUAGUCCUGUUUCAAUGUAACAUUUAAAAGGGAAGUACUGUAGAAAAUGCGUAUAUAGGGAACCUAUAGCCCUUGCUAGCAGGGUCUGCUCUGUGUAUGGUGUUUUAAUUUGGUGUAUUGUUCAUUCAGAGAACAGAGGAGAAAAGAACAGGAAUGCAUUUCCUCAAUAAUAACAACAGAUUAUGAAUAACUGGGAGUAAACCAAAACGCCACCGAAAGGCUGCUUUUGUCUUUUCUUUUUUUUAAACAGGAGUUAUUGCCUGCAGUUCUGUGUCCAUAUGUAUACUAUACAGCUCUCUAAUGUAUCAAUAGGCUUAUCUAAGAGAGACAUUAGGAACUGCCAUCAGUAUAAGGGAAUACGUAAUUGUGGUGAAUCCUGCUGUGUCUUAAACUUUGAAUUAAUUUGAGGUAUGCAAAGUUUCACGCAUUAAGCUUUAUGUGGAGCGCAAUGCUGCUUAAUCCAAGAAAUGGAGGGCUCUGAAACGUACUUUUUGUUUGUUUUUUUUGUUUUGGAGGGAGCGGUUUGGCUCCUUUUACACACACUGACCCCAGGUGUUUUGUGAGCAGCACAACUAGUAAAAGUGACACAAACAACCUAAUUUGGUACUGCCAAUAGAUAGAACACAUCAAAUCAGGGAUGAGAAAUUUAGACAGGGCUUUAAAUGAAUGAGAUUUUUAGACUUUGAUAAAUUACGGAGUCAAUUUCAUGGUUAUGUAUUGAGUUGUCUCUCUCGUCCCUUUCCCUUGCUCUAAAUAUAUUCAACUGGCCGCAGAAUGCCCAUGCUGUAAUGCCCUUCCAGUACAUUCCAAAUGUUCCGAACAUUCCAGCCAUUGUUCUCUGGUUUCGUAAGGGAGCUCUGCAGAUUCUUUGAAGAUUGUUGACUGGACUGUUCUCAGUGCACAGGGUUUUUAACCUUAAAGCUUGAGGAUACAUACAUUUUGGCUUUUUAGUUUGGUUUUAGUUAUUCUCAUUGUUGAACUCUUUAACCAUAAACACUGGUUGGACCAGUGGUGGUGGUACACUGUGUACUGGGUGUCCUAGGUGGAUUUUUUCUGAUUUCAAUUCGAGCUCUAGUCUACCUGUCUCAGUUCUUGCGAGAAUUUUGCCUUUGGUUCAAGUUCAAAUCUCCUGAGUGCCUUCACAAAAGAAGGUCCACUUUUUUAAACUGCCAGCACCUCAAGGUAACUAAAACUUAAACACACCUUAGCCAGGAGGGAGAACCCCCCAGAAAAAGCACAUUUUUAUAAGUACUUCUACUGGAAGACAAAGCUGCCAUGGAACUGAUAAUCCUUCCCACCACUCUUUGGGGCUUGAUUGUUAUCCUUUUUUAACAAGCAAAUAAAAAAAAACAUGAGAAAUCCUGAUUAGAGUUUUUUUUUUCAAUCAUAUUUCCCACUUUGGGGUUGGACCAAAGCCACUAAGAGUGAAAGACAUUAUGGUUGUGUUUCACACGUAUGUUAGAUUGCUGUAAAAGAUCAGCUGAUUAGUUCUGCAUUUCCAUUGUAGUGAUUACUUUUCUUCCUAAUGUAGCUUUUCCUACUGAUAAGCAUGAUUCCUUUGUAUACCGAGAUGACUAAUGUCCAAGAAGUCUUUGUUCAUUUUGCCAAAAAAAUACCAUUGAAAUUUAUGUAUUUUGUUACAUGUAUUAUACUUAGUGAUAUUGUCGGGGGAAACCAUGAAGUAAGGAUUAACUAUGGAACUAUAAGGUAGAUCUAAUCAUGAUUCAGUGACUGGUCUUGUUAGUGUUAUUCACACCUUUUGAAUAUAUACAGAAGAUUCUGGGAACACAAAUAAGAAAAUAUUAAGAACAGCUGAGUUGAGGACAGCAGUUUUGGAUGUUGAGUUUCUGAAAGUUCCAUUUUGUGCUUCAUGUGGCAGUUAACAGUUUACACAUGAAAUUACAGUUUUCCACACUUUUGUGUGACAGAUGUUUGGAAAUUGCCAUAUCAAAAUUGUUUCAUUUAGCCACAAGGCCAGCUGCAAUUCACUGAAGGAUGCUGCUGUAAUUUGUUUUCUAUUUGCAUGCUAAGUAUAUGUCAUUUGACAAUCCACGUUUCUAUUAAACCAAAGAAUUCCGGUUAUUUUAGAAAUAUUUUUGUAAAAUUCAGAUUUAUUAACUUUUCAUGCUUUUCCAUCUCUUGACCAUUUAAAGUGAGCUCAGGUAUUUAACGUUUUCUUGUGCAUUUAGUCCAUAGUUUUUUCCGGAUCUUCUGUGCCCAUUUCAAUGUUUGUUUUUUCAUUUGAAAGAGGGAAAAUGGGGAAAAAGAGAAAGCAGUGUGUGACGGCCACACAUAGAUCUGCUCAAUGUAUCUUUCCUGGGCAGGGAGAGUCAAUGUUAUAUCAGUGGUUCCACCCCUUAAUUCUCUUCCCAAUAUAUGUCUGACAUCAUGUACCAAACCAGCUGUGAAAAAUAGUCAGUAUACAUAUACAUACAUAUUAUACAUACAUGCAUUCAUAUAUAUUACUAUAAUACUACACUUGACAUUAAUAAAUGUCUACCUGUCAUGAUGUAUGCCAUGGCUGACAUACAACAUGUCCAUGUAAUUAUAUGAAUAUGUACAUAUAAUGAUGUACAGAGCAAGAUAACUUAAAUCAGGCUAUUAUUGAUGGCUUCUAUUCAGUUCAGAAAUCCUUAAAAGAAAACAAGCCCCCUUUUCGGUACAGUCCAGUGUCAUUAUUAUAAUUUAUAAUAAUAGUUAUUGUUAUUAUGAUUAAGGCAAGCCUAUUGAGACAUUCCUUCAGUGUGACCUGAAUGUAAACAUCUGUUUCUCUGCUUCUUCUUUUUCUGUGUUUUUCUUACUUAGAAGAUGCUGAUUCUACAAUGUAUGCUUGUGCGUAUGUGUGUGUGUGUGUUUGUGUGUGUGUAUAUAUGUGUUCUUUUUUAAAUGUUUGUACUGUAUAUUGUCCAGUUUGUGUGUGUCGUCUGGUGGCUGUAAUGAAGAAUCUGUAUUUUUAGCGAUGUUUAUUGUAUUGUAAGUGUAUUGUGAUAUCUUCUCUCCCCUCCCUUAUCUCUGUUUGUGUGCAUGCCUGUAUUUUUGCUAAGGUGGAAAGAUUAUUAAGAGGCUAUUGUGUGUCAUCAGUCUUUAUAGUCCCGCUGCAUGCUGUCCAGCCCUGGUAUUUUAGUCUGUAACAUUCUGUCCCUGAUGGAAUCACAACUCGCUGGAAAUAAAGUCAUGUCCUACCAUC